AUUUCUUCCUCUUUUUCCUCCUUCUUCUUGCCUUUCUGUACCUCUUCCCCUUCAAAUAAUGGCUUCUGAUUCACGUCCUCUACUCUACUCGUUCUACCGCUCCUCCUGUUCAUGGCGUGUGCGACUUGCUCUCAGCAUCAAGGGCAUUGCCUACGAUACUAAAUCUAUCAAUUUGCUUACUGAAGAAAAUAAAACUAAAGAAUACAAACAGAUCCAACCUUUCGGUGCGAUCCCUGCAUUUGUCGACGAUAUAAAUGAGGACAAUACACCAUUGAUUGAAUCUGCCGCCAUCAUUGAAUAUCUAGAUGAAACUAGACCAGAGAAUCCGCUUCUUCCCAAAGAUCCUCGCGAAAGAGCAAUAGUCCGUUCUCUGGUCUAUGCAAUUGCCAUGGGUAUCCAACCCAUUUGUAGUAUCCGUGUCUUAAAGUUCAUUGGCAAGGACAAUGAGGAAGAAUGGACAAAACAUUUCAUGUCCGAAGGAUUUGCAGCCUUUGAGAAACUACUUCAAAGAACGGCGGGAAAAUAUGCAUUCGGUGAUACGAUUACCAUGGCCGAUCUGUUCCUAGUCCCGCAGUUCUUCAAUGGCCUCAGAUUCGGUGUGGAUAUGACUGCAUACCCAAUCAUGUCUAGGAUCAAUAGCACUCUCGAGCAAUUGGAGGCCUUCAAAGCUGCUCACCCCACAAGGCAGCCUGAUUGCCCCCCAGAGCUGCGCCAAUAAAAUAUAUCUUUGCUACACAGUGUGUCUGAAUAAAAGACUUGGCAUAGCUAAUGUAUUUAUUAUUUUACAUGCCAG